AUGAAUAAACAGAUUAUCAAAAUGAAUGCGUCUGUAAAAUAUCUGAAGUACAAAUUACGUAAAAUAUGUCAUCGUUUUUUACAUGUUGAGACUGAACAGAAAAGACCGGUACAGUGGUUGAAGCCUGUCGGAUACGAAACAAAUAUUACAAUAUACAAUCCUAUAACAAAAUGUAACGAACCGUUAAUUUUGAAAAAUAAAAAUGUUUUGACUUGGUAUAUUUGCGGUCCAACUGUCUAUGAUUCUGCACAUAUUGGACAUGCUACGACUUACGUGAGGUCAGAUAUUAUUAGAAGAAUAUUGUCAGAUCACUUUAAAAUAAAUGUUGUAAUGGUCAUGGGCAUAACAGAUAUAGAUAAUAAAAUAAUAAUACGUUCAAAAGAAACUAAUCAAAGUUGCAAAGAACUAGCACAACAUUAUGAAAAUGAAUUUAUCGAAGAUAUGGAUACAUUGAAUGUUGUUAGACCACAUUUAUAUUGUAGAGUUACUGAUUUCAUACCACAAAUUAUUCAAUUUGUCAGUAAUAUUGUAGAGAAAGGCAAAGCUUAUGUUGCAGAAGAUGGGUCUGUAUAUUUCAAUACAAGCAAAUAUGAUAUGUAUGGGAAGUUAAUGACUCCUCCAUUGCCUGACAGUACUCAUCCUGAAAAAAAGUCUGCAUUAGAUUUUAGCUUGUGGAAAGCAGCUAAAAAUGAACCAUUUUGGAAAUCUCCAUGGGGCAAUGGAAGGCCAGGAUGGCAUAUAGAAUGUAGCACAAUUGCAAGCACAGUUUUUGGAAAUUCUCUGGAUAUUCAUAGUGGUGGGGCAGAUCUCGUUUUUCCGCAUCAUGAAAAUGAAGAAGCACAAUCGUGUUCGUAUCACGAUGUUGAUCAGUGGGUAAACUAUUGGCUACAUUGUGGGCAUUUAUUCCUAGAUGAUGUAAAAAUGUCGAAAAGCCUAAAAAAUACAAUUAGUAUAAGAGAGUUUCUUAACAAGUAUACUGCAAACCAGUUUAGGAUGUUCUGUCUACUUUACAAUUAUAGAAAUGGAAUUAAAUUUUCCGAUGAAGUGAUGCUUAAUGCAGUAAAUUUCCUGAAUAAAGCUGAACAUUUCAUUUGUGAUUGUGAUAAUUAUAUUGCUGGAAGAUGUAGUGUUGGGAAUGUGGAUGAAGUUGCAUUAUUUCGUUGUUUGGAUGAAACCAAAAACACUAUUAAUUUAGCCUUGGCAAAUAAUUUUAAUACCGUACUAGCGUUACGAUCGAUCGAGAAACUAAUCGAUACAGGAAAUUUAAUGUUACAUGAUUCCCAUGAAUCUACAAAUAGGUCUAUACCUCCUGUAGCUGCAGUUGCAAAUUAUAUAUCAUCAGUAUUUUCAAUGCUUGGCAUUCAAAAUUCUGAAAUGUCAUCUGAACAUAAAACGAAUAGCGUCAUUGAACAUCUCGUAAAAUUCAGAACGAUAGUUAGAAAUAGAGCUAUAGAACAGAAUGUAAAAGAUAAAAUCUUACUUACCGCAUGCGAUGAAGUGCGAUUAAACCUUUCCACGUUUGGAGUAAUUAUAAAGGAUCACAAGAAGGAAACCUCUUGGAGUAUUAAGAAAUAUUGAAUUAAAAAGACAAAAAGGAAUUUGUAUUGUAAAUUGUUGUCUUAAAUAAAAAAAUGUUUAUAUAUACAUUUAA